ACAACAUAACACUCUUCUCCUCCACUACACUCUCUCUGCAACAUCUGCAUACAUGACAAGAAGAUGAUUAUGAAAGGUCUCACAUUAUUAUUAAUUCUGGCCAUUGCAAUUCUGGUCUGGUCAUCCAACAUGGAAACCUGCCAUGCAAGACAGGGAAAGCAUUGGAGGCAAAGCAGGGGAGCUCUGUACAAGAAGAAACCAAAGUAUCAUCGCCAACACGGCAAUGCCGGUAAGAUCAAGCAGAAGCAUCCCUCUCCCAAACCAUCAUCACCCCCAGCUCCGGUCUCCCCACCGAGCAUAGGUUCUGGCAAUGCAGGUCGCGUUUUCAAUGUGGUGAGUUACGGAGCCAAGGGCGACGGAAACACAGAUGAUACCAAGGCAUUCCAAAUGGCCUGGGCAGCUGCUUGUAAAGUGGAGGCCUCUACCAUUAUCAUCCCACCAAAACUUGUAUUCCUUGUGGGACCCAUUUCGUUCUCUGGUCCACGCUGUCAACACAACAUUGUGUUUCAGAUUGAUGGCACAAUUAUUGCUCCAACCAGCUCCAAAGCUUGGAGUUCGGCUCCUUUCCAGUGGCUUGAAUUCACAAAACUGGUAGGAAUUACAGUUAAAGGAAGUGGGACAAUUGAUGGGAGUGGUUCAGUGUGGUGGAAGGAUGCCCCAUUUGGUGACCCUAUAGAUGAUGAAUAUAAACUAAUUGUUCCGUUAAACAGAACAAUGCCUAGCAUUCCCCCGAUUCCAGUCAGUAGAUCAGUCGGUGGAAGAAUGCCAAGCAUUAAGCCAACGGCACUACGGUUCUAUGGGAGUUAUAAUGUGACGGUCACUGGAAUCAAAAUUCAGAAUAGUCCACAAUGCCAUCUCAAGUUUGACAAUUGCAUGGGUGUCAAUGUAUACAACUUCAGUGCCUCCUCACCUGGAGAUAGCCCCAACACAGAUGGAAUUCACUUACAGAACUCCAGAGAUGUGGUUAUUCGAAGCAGCAACCUUGCCUGUGGAGACGACUGUGUUUCAAUACAAACUGGAUGCUCAAAUGUAUACGUACACAAUGUGAAUUGUGGACCAGGGCAUGGAAUCAGUAUUGGAGGGCUGGGAAAAGCUAAUACAAAAGCUUGUGUCUCAAAUAUCACAGUGCGUGACAUCGUUAUGCAUAAGACCAUGAAUGGUGUCAGGAUAAAAACAUGGCAGGGUGGCUUAGGAUUUGUUAAAGGAGUACUCUUUUCAAAUAUCCAAGUUUCAGAAGUUCAACUGCCAAUAGUAAUUGACCAGUUCUACUGUGAUAAGAUCAAAUGCAAGAACCAAACAGCUGCUGUGGCACUAUCAGAAAUCCACUACGAAAAUAUACAAGGAACAUAUACAGUAAAACCAGUACAUCUUGCCUGCAGUGACAGCAUGCCAUGUACAAAGGUGACAUUAAAUGAGAUAAAACUAAAGCCACUGCAGGAACAUUACCACUUGUAUGACCCAUUCUGUUGGCAGACAUUCGGAGAGUUGCACUCCCCUACUGUCCCGCCUGUUGACUGCUUAAAAGUUGGCAAGCUACCAAGCAACAAGGUUCAGGUAGAUCAUGAUCAGUGCUAGAUAUUAUGGUGCAUUCAUCUGUGAGGUUGGCAUGGUUUUUGCUGACCCCUUAUACACCAUUAGUCAGUGAUAGUCCUUUAGCACUAUUAGAUUAUAGAUUUUUUUUAAUAGGAUCCUUGAGAUCUAUUGUGUGGGAGACAUAUAGGUAUGUUAUAUAUAAUAUACAGUUAAUAGCAA